GAACAUCAUUUAGAGACGACGGAUGUAUCGGUGACAACUUCGAUGCAACAACGACAUGCCUCAACGAAAUUCGUGGUGCUCUUAAAGACGGCCCGUAUUUACGACGGGUUUAUCAAAACCGUUUGUCACAUUAAGAAAAGUAAUUGGAUAUCUUUUUACUCCGAGAGUUUGUCAGACAUUUACAAGAAUAAUCAAGCAGCAAUCAAGUAAAUUGUGAAUCACGAAAAUGGUUCGACCGUCAAAUCCGCGACUUAUGGCUCGCGUGCUAGAUGCAGUAGCAAAUCUUAGUGACACCAAAGGUUCAUCAGCUCAUGAAGUUCUCAGUUUUAUCCGUCAUAGCAACGUAUCGUCAAAAAAUUUGACACUGCAGGUACAUCGUGCUUUAAAGCAUGCAGUAAAUGCUGGACUUCUACGGCAGAGGAGUGGUCGUUAUAAAGCACUGGCUACUUUAAAUCCUAAUUCUGUCUCUAACCCUGCUAAGGAACCACCUGCUAAUAAGGAACCAACUAACAAUCAGAUAAACAAACAAAAAAAAUCGAAAUCCGAUGUAGAAACACCGAUUAGCGAUGUUGAAUCCUCUGAAACACAAGAGCGCAAGAAAAAAAUUACUCGACGACGAAAUAGUAGACAUCGUAAUACUAAAGUAAGGAGGAAAUCUCGACGUUCGCCAUACAUUAGACGAACCAAUGCCGCCCAGAAUCGAAAGCGACGACAACGAAAGCGCACAUACAAAGACGAUAAGGAGUUCGAGGAUCAUUCAUCCGGACAGGAUUUCUUGCAUAGAAGGAACGAUUCGCCUGUGCUAUUCAAUUGCAAAACGAAACGUUCAAGAGUAUCCAAGCGAGAGCUCGAGUCCGAUUUUUCUGAUGAAAGUGAAUGCGAUAGCGACGUGAGCCAAAAACGCGUUUUUCGAGCAAAGAAAUCACUGCAUCGAGAACCAAAACGUAAGGAGAUGCGCGCAAAAUCAAAGGAUAAAUCAGCAUCUCGAGCUCGAAAUCCGCAGCUGUUGCAACGAGCAGUGCAAUCGCGGCAGCAUUCGACCGAGGAGACCGAAAACGAUAGGCAGCAAUGUGACGAGAAUCAUGAGUUCACGGAACACAAUACCACACGUCAAGAAGUACACAAAGACAUCGAGAGAGUUCACGAAUCGAACAACAGCAACAGCGGCAGCACUCUGGAGAACUCGAGAGACUAAACACAGUCUUCUAAUUUUACUCCCAUUCUACACGUCUACUGAUACAUAAUCUUCUUUGGCGACUAUACAUCUGUCUAUCUUGUUUUCUAUUU